AUGCCGCAAAAAAUGGUACCUAAACUUUCACGCAAACUGAGGCGAUGGAACGAAGUCUUCAACGCAACGAACGUAUCCACAUUAAAUGAGAAAAAGAACGAGACAAAAGAAUGGCUUUUCAAACAUUAUCUUAAGAAAUUUCGACCUAUCAAUGUUUGGGAGAGAUUGUACAAGAAAAAGAAAGCUCUGGGGCUCAAUGUCACUUUUGAGGAUUGCGCCGAUGAAAUUUUCGAUGACGAAAACUACGGUAGUGGUAGAAGAAAAUGGAGUCCGCCGGGUCGCUUGGAUAAAGAAUUACACCAAGAAACCGAUCUUUUCAGCAUGCGGAGACGAUUCUACGACUUGAUACUCCAUUCUAUGUACUGGACGCGUAACAAAAUGAUAAAUAUGCAAGUUAUAAGGAAGAAAUAUAAGGAUUCAAAACUCUACAAAAUGGGUUUCAUGAUGAGCAAAAAUGAUAUUGCCUGUAAAAUGUUUCAUAAAUUUGCUUUCAUAGAGCUCAUCACUUGUUCAAAAACGUAUUACGGUUCAAUGGCACGUUACUACCCAAUAGAAAUGUUGCACACCGAAGAGAGGAUGCUUAACAAAUGGUUUGAUAUAACAUUGCUAACAGAUUUGAUUGUAAAGAAUGAUGAAACCUGCAAAGAAAUGCUUGAAGAAGCGAACACGAAUAGGGAAAAUGCUUGGGAAUUUUAUGAUUAG